CGCUGUGGGUUUAGUAUGUUAUCGGUGCAGAGAGCAGGUCUUAUCAGGUUGUGGUGGAGUUUCCUCUUGGACAGGAAUUGGACUUCCUGUGAUUCUGUGCGUCUGUUCCCAGGAGACGUCUGAAAGAACAAUCAGAAAGAGAAGAAGAAAAAGAACGAAAGCUCCAAAACUCCAAAACUGAUAGAAAAGAAAGAUGGAACGCCAUAAUAAAGGACAAAGCUUUAAAAAAUAAAUAGUGAGAGGGUGAGCGGGACACAGCUGGAACAGGACCGGACCGGCCCAGUAUGGACUAUGAGCCCAAGAAGCCCAGGAAGGCCUUUGUGUCACCGAUUAAACGUCUGGUGUGGUCAAAAUCCAGUCGCAAGCCAGUGGAUCGAGGCAGUAUUUACCGACGCCCACUACACACUGUGCCCCUCUACCCCCCGGACUACCUCAUUCACCCCGAGCGUCUCAUCUUCGACUACGUGGAGAAGGAGGUCAAGUUCCUUGGACACCUGACGUGGGUGUCAGUUUCACUGAACCCCUCGAGCCGAGAUGAGCUGCUUCAACUCCUGGACACAGCCAGGCAGUUGAAGGUGUUGCCGUUGAAGACCAGCGUGGAUCAGGACUGUAUUCUCAGUCUGUCUGCUCGCUGUCUGCUGCUUACCUGGAGGGACAAUGAGAAACUGCUGAUGAGGAUCCCCACGCACGAGAUCGCUGCUGCCUCAUACCUGAGAGAUGACGCACUGCACCUGCUCAUCCUGAAGACAGGGCUGAACGUGGACACUGUUGUUGCCAGUGACGACAGUCUGGAGAGGAAAAAGCAGACAGGCAUCGAUGGACGACAUCAAACCAUGAGCGGCAAUGCUGACCCAAGGCCUGCAGGGGGCACAAUGGAGCGAAGACACACUAUCUGUGGCGUUGACUGGAGGCCAUCUUUGUCCAGAAGCAACCAUGACAAAAACCAGAAUGUGGAGAGAGGAGGAGAGAAAGGAGGAGGGAGUUUAGAGAGGAAGAGGGUGGGAGGGAGCUGGGAGAACAGGCAACAAACCCGGAAAGCUGGAGGAAGCUUGGAAACCCGAGGCGGAAGACCCAUGAGUGGAAGUUGGGGGGUGGGAGUCGGAGGAGGUGGAGGGAGCUGGGAAAGGAGGUAUGGUGCAGGAGGAGGAGGAGGAGGGAGCUGGGAGAGGAGAGGAGGAGGUGGAGGAAGUGGUGGGGGGAGCUGGGAGCGCCGGCAGGCCUGCACAGGAAGCUGGGAGCGGGGGAAAAGCUACGGAAGCUGGGAAAGGAGAAACCACAACCCGCUGGAGCCAACGCCGUGUCCGGAUGCUUACUGUAACCUGGUGAUCCUGGCUGUGGAGAACAGGGACGCUGCAGAGGAGUACUGCUCUCUGAUCUGUCAGAUGUUCCAGAUGAUUUACGGCCAUCACACCAUUGAGUGUGUGGACAGGGCGGGGUUUCACCACACCAUGCCAGACCGCUAUUGGCUGCAGAGGAGUGACAGCUGUCUCACUGACACGUCCUACAGUUACGAUCCCGAGUUCAGCUGCUGCAGCUCAUACGACGGGUCCCAGGACGCCUUCGAACUUUACUACAGCGAGACGUACAGCGAGAGCUCAUCUGUGUCUCUGCAGGAGUCCCAUCGCAGCCCGACGUCAGCCGGUGAUGGAGGUGACAGUAACCCCACCCUGCUGUUGAUGCAGGACUACAUGAUCGCUCUCCGUAACAAGCUGACCCCACUGGAGCUGCAACGGUUUGCAGUGCUGCUGAGAGAGUACCGACUGGGUUCAAACAUCCAACACUUCUGCAGCGAGCUGCUGCAACUGUACGGUGACAACCGCAAGUUCCUGCUGCUGGGAAUGCGCCAGUUCAUCCCAGACCAGGAUGUCGGUGUUUUUGAGACUUUCCUGGAGAGCAUUGGGAUCAGAGAAGGAGGAAUUCUAACCGACAGCUUUGGACGCAUCAAACGCAGCAUGAGCAACGUGUUGGCCACAGCCGUGAGGGGGUACGGCAGCUGCUCUUUGGCCUCAGGAUCUCAGGAAUUCAACCGUCGCAUCACCGACAUCACCCAUGACAUCCAGGCACUCGGAUUCCAGGACGAGCAUGGAGACAUCGAGGAGGAAGACUACUAUCUUUGAGCACGCAUCAAUCCUGCAAUGAUAGACAGAAAAAUUCUAAAUCCUAAUUUAAGAACUUAAAAAUGGUUUUAAAGUUACUCUGUUGAUAACCUCAGCUGAUGAUUUGUACCAUCUGUCCCUGUGAGACCAAAAUCCACUGCAAAACUGAAAAAAAUGAAGAUU